AUGGAUACCGACAGUAUUCACCCACUCAGCAGCGACUCCGAGAAACCGCUAUCGGGCAUCACAUUUCUCGACAGCAUUUGCUCUUCGGCAGAUAAUGCUGAGGCGCUGCGUAUUCUCUACAAUUCAGACGGGAUGUGGCCCUCGAAUAAAGACAAUGGUUCCAACCCGUUGACUUUCUCGCCCACAGAAAAAUCGUUGCGAGACUUCCUCGACGAGAAAGUCUCCUCCCCUGCCGACAAAGACGCCCCUGCCGACAUCUCCUGCCCUGCGCAUGCACAAUAUCUAACAUCAGAGUACCGCUCACUAGCGAUAUUCUUGCUGGCCAUUACUUUUUUCCAACUCUGUGGAAGUCCUUGGGUGAAGGAGCCUUUUCAAGCCGAGUGUCUCUCUCUCUGCGUUACCGACGACCAACCAAAUGGCCAGUGGCGUCUUCAUGCGCCAUGCGACCUCGUGCCCGACACGGGGAUUUCCGACCCCGCUGAUAGCGUUGCCGCGUUAGGCGUGCUCAUUCUUGAGCUUGACGCGGGAUACAAAGCGUCCUGGAGUCCAGAUGAUGAAUCUCGUUCAGGGAAAAGGUCACACCAGAUGCGCCUAAGGCGGCUACUACGUGAGUGGGAGGGAGACAUUAUUGACGAAAACAAGAGAAUUGCUCGUUCAUGCCUUGACUUUGACAAUCUUGUCGGAAGCCUACCAGAUUACGAUUUGCCCCAGGGCAUGAAGGUGCCGGCCAUUAUCUACAAAUACGUGCUCGAGCCAGUACUCCGACACAAUAUCGAGCGCUCCGAGGAAUUCCAAAAUGUGUUCGCAGCAAUUUUUGGCCAAGACGACACUCUCCCUCUAUUCCGCAACAUCGUCCUCCCCGAGAGGGUGUGUGCCUUUGAUGCACGGGAUCGGCCUCUUUGCCAAGAUUCGCUGUAUCGAUCCAAAAAGUUCUUCAACGAUGCCGAUGCCUUCAUUCAGUGUAUAGAGGAGAUUCGAGGCAAUUCCGACUGCCCAACGUCCAAGGGCAACGGCAAGAAACGGAUCGUUCUAUUAGACUCUGGGGUAGAUAGAGAGCACAAGGUCAUUCGUCGAGCUAUCGGCUCUAAGCGUAUAAAUGAACAAGAAUCCAAGAGCUUUACCAGCGCCCCCUGGAACCAGGAUGACAGCAUGCAUGGGACAGCUGUGGCCGAACUCACAAUGCGAGUUGCGCCCAUUGCCGAAAUAAUUAUCGGCAAGAUCUGUCAAGGCAGGGAGAAUCCGAACAACACGGUACUUGCGGAGGAAACGCAGGCAAUAGACUGGGCUACGAAUACGGUCAAGGCCGACAUCAUAUGCCUGUCGCUAGGGUACAGAGUGGCCCAUGACGCUGCCGACACAGCCGUCGACAACGCCAUCAAGGCGGGUGUCUUGGUCAUCGCCGCCGCUUCGAAUAGCGGCAUCCUUGAAAGGCGUGCUCGACCGGCUUGCUUGGAUGGCGUGAUCUGUCUUCAUGCCGCAAAUGGCUACGGCUGCGUGAGCGAGAUGAACCCCGGCAAGUUGGUGGACGAGACGAAUUUCUCGACGCUUGGAGAUGGGGUGCACGUCCUCCAGAAAGGCGAAUUUGAACUCAAAGCGGGGACCUCGUAUGCUGCACCAAUCGCGGCGGGGUUCAUUGCAUGCAUACUGAGUUUCAUAGAGGCCAAGGUACCCGGCCUUCAGGCUUUGCAGGUCGAGAAACUCAGAAGGAAGAAGGGCAUGGAGGCUGUCCUGAAAAAGAUGUCGGCGAAAGACCUCCAUGGUUAUGACUUCAUUCAUCCGAAAUACAUGUGCAAUUGGAAAGAUUCAGACGCAGUACAGAGGGCAGUAGACCGUGUGAAGAAAGCCCUACGGGACGUCUAG